GAAUGAUUGCACAUCUAAUCUUAUUUUUUUGUAAGAUUAUGCAUUGACAAAAAUAUUUUUUGAAUUUUAUCAAAUAAAACUUGAAUUAUUUGACCUCUCCUCUGAACAAGGUCUUUACUGGAUAAGAAAUUGAUUUUUUUUUUUUUUAAACACUAUGUUUUACAAUGGUAGGAGCUGGUGCUGGCCUACCGGACAUACCGAUUGAUCCACCAGCUUUCAGUAACAUUUGAAAAUUUUAUAAGUUGUGGUCAAUGGGUUUCAGGUUAUUGCAAACAGGUUGAAGUUGUAUCUUUUAACAAUUGCCUUUUCCACAAGAAAAUGGUAGAAAAUAUUAUUUCAAAAGUAGCCAUCAUCGACAGAAAGCGGAGAUAGCUAGAUCUACAAAAUUAAAUAAUUCCGCUUGUAAUUUCGUUCCAUAUAACAUUGUGCAAUGACACACAUAUUUUUGAAUGACGAGCAAAACAUGAAUUGUUGCAUCUCCCCUCACAACUUGUGGUUUACUAGAUGGAAACAUAUAUAUAUAUAUAUUUUCUAAUUGAAUCUUUCUUUUUCUCUUUUCCCUAGAGGCAGGCGCAAAUGCUGGCCUCCUCGUCGCGCCUGCCUCUAGAGAAAUAUUAUUAAUAAAUGACUUAACCACAGAACAAUGAGGAAAAAUAUUAUUAACAAGUGGGCAUCAUUGAAAGCAAGCACAACUAGUUUGACAAAAUUAAAUAACUACACUUGUAAUUUCUGUUCAUAUAAUGCUACGCAUUGACUUGAAUUUUUUUGAAUGUCAACAAGCAAAACUUGAAUUAUUUAACCUCCCCUCACAAAUAGUUGUGUACUGGGUAGAAGUUGAUUAUUUUUUCUAUAUAAUCUCUUUUUGUUUCGUUUCGUUUUGUUUUGUUUUGUUUUGUUUUUUUCUAGUGGCAAAGAUAAAUGGUGGCUUGCUCGACCCGAUUGGGCCCCUAGGAUUCGGCGUAUAUACUGAUCUACUUGGCCCUCCGAUUGACGAGGCAGGCGCAAAUGCUGGCCCGCUCGUCGUGCCUGUUGGUCUCCCAGUGCCUGGUCAUAGGGAAUUACUAGUUUCAAUUCGUUUCAACGAACCUGGAUGGCAAUGGUUAGGAUGCUUUUUACCAGAUCAUCUGGGUGAUACUCAGGAUGGCACCUAAGGUUAUGGAGCAAUUACAUG